GUAUAUCAACGAGGACUCCUCCGUGAUAUACUGAUAUUUACCAAUUUUGUUGAUUCUAUUUUAGGUUAUUUAAAUGAGGUUCCCAUAAAUUAUACCGACAAGGACAGACUUCCACGAUCACUGUUCAGACAGACAACACAACAGCAACACUCACAACUCACAAGCACAGGUCGGUGUAGAGGGAGAAAUGGCUAUGGAGGAAGUGAGCAACAAGCAGAUAGUACUGAAAGACUACGUCACCGGAUAUCCCAAAGAGUCCGACAUGGAAAUCCGUACCACCACUCUGAAGCUGAAGGUUCCACAAGGUUCCAACGCCGUUCUUGUUAAGAACCUCUAUCUUUCUUGCGACCCCUACAUGCGUGGUCGCAUGAGCAAACCCCAUGGCAGCUAUGUCGACUCUUUCACUCCCGGAUCGCCCAUUACUGGAUAUGGAGUUGCUAAGGUUCUGGAUUCUGAUAAUCCCAACUUCAAGAAAGGUGACUUGGUUUGGGGAAUGACUGGAUGGGAGGAGUACAGCAUUAUCACUGCUACGCAGGCUCUCUUUAAAGUCGAACAUACAGAUGUUCCUCUUUCUUACUACACUGGACUUCUUGGUAUGGCUGGUAUGACUGCUUAUGUUGGAUUUCAUGAGAUAUGUUCUCCCAAGAAAGGAGAUACUGUCUAUGUUUCAGCAGCAUCUGGUGCUGUUGGUCAGCUUGUUGGACAAUUAGCAAAGCUUUUUGGUUGCUAUGUUGUUGGUAGUGCUGGAAGCAAAGAAAAGGUUGAUCUGCUGAAGAAUAAAUUUGGGUUUGAUGAAGCUUUUAACUACAAAGAGGAGCAGGACUUGAAUGCAGCUUUGAAAAGGUGUUUUCCUAAUGGGAUUGAUAUUUACUUCGAGAAUGUCGGGGGUAAGAUGCUGGAUGCAGUGCUUCUGAACAUGAACCUCCGAGGGCGCAUUGCUGUGUGUGGAAUGAUCUCACAAUACAAUCUCGAAAAACCAGAAGGUGUUCACAACUUAACCUCUAUUAUCGCAAAACGGAUUCGCAUGGAAGGAUUUAUUGUAGGUGACCACUACCAUCUGUAUCCAAAAUAUCUGGAGAUGAUCCUACCAUGCAUUAAGGAAGGCAAGGUUACAUAUGUUGAGGAUGUAGCUGAGGGACUUGAAAGUGCCCCCUCUGCUUUGAUUGGUCUCUUCUCUGGUCGGAAUGUUGGGAAGCAGUUGGUGGCCAUUUCACAUGAAUAGUGUGUUUAUGUGUGUUCUUCUCUGCUGAAUUUUCUAAAUAAACAGUAUUCAUAAUAAAGGGUAUGUUGUGAUAUAAUCUUUUUUGUUCAGCAGAUCGACCUUCAUAAUAAAUAUAGAUCAAAUUUCACUUUUUU